UAAGCCGGUGAGAUAGCCUAGUUGGACUGGCGAAGCUCUUUGGGAUGAGGGCGGAGCGGCGGGCUGGACUAACACCUCCACCUUCCUGCACUGCAUGGGUUCGACCCUCAAGCGGGCCUAACAUAAGUGGCCUGGUCGUUCAUUCUGCCCCAACUCCAGCAAUGACUGCCUAUCCGACCGCAUUCCGUUUUUUCCAUGGUAUUUUCGUUCCCGACCCGACCCGACGCAACUCCCCGCCACCCCGGCUUGAUACAUACACAACACCGCGGCAGCACGCUACCAGAGCUCCGGGACGGCAUCCACUUCUCACUGCAUGUGAGCGGCCUGCCGGUUGAUGCCACUUUGAUCCAUCAUCUCAUUCAGGGCCCAGCACCACUGGUUCAUCAGUGCAAUCGACUCACAAUGCUGUGGAGAGCACCGCUGGAGGCCGGAGAUGAUGGUCUGCUUCUGCUGAAGGUGCUCCUCCACUUCUCCCGAUCAUCAACUUCAGACACCAAACCAAAAAAAAAAAAAAAACAGCUCACACUCAGACACUCAGAUACUCAGAUGCGAGCAAAGGCAAUCCUCAGUCGAUUAAGACCACCAACAACCCACCACCAUCGACUCAAGAACCACCAUCAUCAACCAACUCAACCACCCACAUCCUCAUCCCAUCCAUCCAGAUUCAAUUCAACCUGUUCUCAUUCACCACCACUCCCACCACCACCAGCUCAGUCACUCUCAACUCAACUCAAGUCACUCUUCAUCACCGAUCAACUCCAGUCAGACCCACAAGACCAAGAACAGCCAUCAAACCAUCAAUCAUCUACUAGACUCCUCUCAAACCAAACCACACCCUCCUCGAUCGAUCUAGCCUACCUCAAAGAACUCUCAGAAUCCUUAAACUCAGACUCAUACCACCAACUCUCAUCACCUGCCUUCUCACAGAUCCUCAACCAUCUCCAUUCAAAUGACCUCUUCAAGUACCUCUCCCCCGGCUCAUUCGACUUACUACUCGACUUCAACCCCGAGGGAGAAGAGAAACAAUCGAUCCAAUCCACCCACUACUAUCUAUACCAUCGAAUCAUCUUCCUACUCGAUCGGAUCUACGAACAUAAAGAGCUCUUCACCCAACAUGAUCUCGACCGCUUUCAUUCAAUCUCCCUCAAACGACUGGCUCAUGUGGGCCUCUUCAGAGCCGCCGAAUUGAUCUGGGACCAGCUCAUCAGCCCCUCUGCAACUGAUCGACAAGACGACCAGAUCCUGAUGCUCGACUGUAUCCGAACCGCAUUCCUUAAUCAUCAAAGCUCUUCUCAAGCCCAUCAACAGAAUCAUAUCGAUCAUACUACUGCUCACGAUAAUCAAGAAUACCAUCGAGAAUUACUGCCGCUUUCAUCGAAAGAUUUCAAGCGGAUGAUCAAUCUGACCGAAUCGAUCGGCAAGUCGCUAUUGACCAGUACGACGAAUAGGAUGGAUCGGGUAACCGAACGAUGGACCGUCCGGACGGUGGCCGAGAUAUUUGGCAUCCAGGGGGAACGGACCCGGUUAGCAGACUGGCUGAGCAAACAACGCUCGCUCGACCUCGAUUUCCCGGACAAUGGGGCCAGUUGGUCGGAUCCAAAACUGACGGCGAUCGUGGUGAGGAUGUUCAAAGACCAAGGCCAACUGGAAAAAAUGAUCAUGAUCUAUGAGGCCGCCCUUCAUCCAUCCUCGAGCAUGCUUGCCCAUCCAGGGAGCUCCUUUGGGCAGAUCUUCGAAGACUCAUUAGAACCUGCCACUCUCAAGACCCUUCCUGACGAGAAACACUUUAUUUCGAAUCGAAGGAGCAAAGAGCAGGAUGAGAACAGCCGAAUGGGACGGAAGAGGAACGCGAUCCUCACCCGGACCUACCACGACCUGAUCUCGGCUUGUGCGCAAGCAAAUCGGCCCCAUCUGGCGCUCCAUUACCUAAGCGAAGCGGUAGCGGAGAACGAAGCGUAUGUGGAGCGGCUACCGGAGGACCAUACGAUCGAGCCGCCGGUGCCCCAUCUGCGUCUACAGCCAGCGACAUACGCCGAGCUGAUUCCCAGCCUGGUGAAGAAGAAGCGGGACACCCAACUGCGCAAGGUGCACGAGCUUUCGGAGCGUCUUGUGCGGACGACGGUUGCCGAGCUGCAAUGGAUCCGGCUGCGGGCCGCCGCCAAGGCCGACCGUCUUGCGGAGGACCCACAGAAAGACAGUAGUCCUUGGGGCCUCGUCCUUGCCGCCAUCGUCCCCCAUCUCUCGGGCCAUCCUCAGACGGACUUGGAGGCCUCGAAGAGCCAGAACCUGGCCCUCGAGAAGGCCGUCUUCACCCAUGCUAACCAGCCCGCCCUCGACGCCGCUCCUCGCAGUCGAACUCCCACACCGGAUCUGACUCGUCAACCCGAGCAUCACAUCGCGUUCAUUAGGAACCUCGAAAGGGCUACCUUCCUCAGCAAGUCCCUCGCCCAUUCCGUCCUUCUCCUCCAUCGACUCACCCAUCUCAUCGAUAAGACUCGCAUCAAUAGAGAUAUCCGCUUCCAACAUCAUCUCCUCAAGAAAAAGAAAAAUAAUAAUAAGGCCCUUUCGUCCGUUCAUUCCCGUGCUCCCAAUCUUCCUCGCCCGCCUCUCAAUCAUCAUCAUCAUCUUCCUUCUUCUUCUCAAUCUUCUGCUCAAUCUUCGGCUAAUCAGAUUAGAACUCUUGAACGUAUAGACGCCCUUAUUGAUAAAAAACGCUCUUUACGCUUCGCAAACCCUUCUUCUUCUUCUUCUUCUCCUUCUAAUUCCAACUGAAACUAGCUUGACUUGUCUUUCCUUCUUCUCCUCCUUAUCAUUAUUUUUUCUGUGUGUUUCAGCGGUCACCUUAAUACACACACCUUUUUGUUAUGUCUUUGCUCGUUUUGUAAGGUCUCUUCUUUUUUCUUUUAAACCGUUUAUUUGAGCAUCCAAAAAAAAAACCCCAAAAUUAAUAAACAGGGAUAUAAGAAGAAAGAAAGAA